AUGUUGCGACAACGUUCCGGCAGCAAUUCACCCACCUUUAUCAACUUAGUCGAUUCUGAUCCUCGGGAAUCUUACGAGUCCACAAGGACUACAGACAGCGGAACGGCUGUUGUACGAAGUCAUACGUUUACUUCGCCCGCUGAAGAUUCUUCGUCGCAGUACUUACGGCCUCGCGAAGGGCACAGCGCAGAUGCCACAAUAGAACAGCUCUUGCGGGUUGACGAAGAUCAAAGUGAGGAUGCUACGACUGAGCAACAUACAAUCUCCAACCAGUAUCCAUCAAACGCCAUUCCCAAAGAGAAGGCUGCACAUGUUCCAGCGCAGACAUACACCGAACAACCCAAGAUGUGGAACCCCUUCUGGUUGCGAAAGAGGUGGCUCAUCUCGUAUGCUACGCUUUUCGGUGUCUUGGCCUUCGCGGUGCUUGCAUUGUAUCUUGUCUCUGUUCGCUUGAAUGGGCUCGGAGCCUCGAAGAGUACAACAGAGAUGAUAUACCUCUGGAGGUUCUGCCCCACAACAGUUCUUGUUGCGGUACUUGCGCUCUGGAACCCUGUGGAUUACUUUACUAGACUACUCCAACCUUGGUUGAAUCUUUCGAAGGGUCCUGCUUCUGCGUCCCGUACUCUUUUUCUGGAUCUUGUGUCGCCUCUACAGCCGGUGAUACUUUAUUCGGCAAUCAAAAACUUUGAAUGGCCCGUUGUCUUGACGACGAUUGUUGCAAUAGCUUUGACGGCGAUCAAAAUCAUAUCCACUGGUCUCUUGACUAUACAAUCAACGUCUUUAUCUGUUUCAAACUUUACCCUCACGAAAACGGCGACUUUUGAUGCAAGCCUGUGGAAUAGUUCGUAUCUGGAUACUGAGGCCGUUUCAUUUUAUAGCGGGAUUCACCGGGAGAAUCUUACACAGCCUCCAUGGACAACGGACCAUUUCGUGGUGGAACCUUUCACCCUUCCUGCCGACGAUGGAGUUCCUUCGAAUUUGACAUACGCAGCCACCACCAAUGGUGUCUUUCCCGGGCUCGAUUGUGAUGAAGCAAAACUGACUCAAGAACCCUCAUAUUACAACGGAACGACUGAGAUGCGAGCCAACAUGACAUUUCGAUCCAAUUCUUGCGAGACUCGGGUCAUCCUAGAUCUCGCAGACGGCACACAAGCUUUUGAUCGGCAGUAUAAAUGGGCCGGAGAAAAUUAUGUUGGUGAAGUCCAAGCGAUUGAUUGUUCGGGCCAAACUCAGUUUCUUGUCACUGUGACACAAGCAAAUAAAAAUCUUAAGGUCACAAACUACAGUGCUUUGAUAUGUCGACCAUUCUACCGAGUUGAAGAUGUUACGGUGCACGUUGACGAGGCCGGACAGCAUCGUUACGAAUAUCCGACAUCAUCUGGCCAUACCAAUUUUCAGCUAGACAAUCUUGAUCCUACUACAGUAUUUGCCUAUGUAGUAAAUGCCUCGAGAAAUGCGCCAUUGCCUUGGGUUGAGCCAUCUGGCAACAUUACAGAAGGGAACUUCGCAUUCCUAACUCUGGCCGCCAUUUCAUUCACUAAAUCAAACCCGGGAAACUCAUAUCUAAAGCCCCUCCUGGACGUCCAAACUCUCAGUAAUUCAGUAUCCAAUACAUUUGCCGGAAUAUUCUCUUUGCUGGUAUAUGACCAAAUGCUUCGUCCACAACGAGAUUAUAUUCAAGGAAACUCACAUUAUUCGGAGGACCGACUGCAUGUUAAGAAGUUACCUACCGUUAUGAUAGUUGUUAUGUUUCUGUUGUGCUUGAUCUCUACCACAAUUCUGCUGUUUGUCAAGCCGGUCGACGUCGUCACAUAUGAUCCGAAUAGUAUCGUUGGAAUAGCAACAACACUUGGUCCGAUUCAGGUAGCGAAUAUCCUGGAUCAACCACACUUUAAGAGCGCCAUUCAAGCUCUCAAAGGCCACAAACUCUACUCUACCACCCCUGCUUCCAGACACUCACGCGUACAUGGAACUCGGUUCGAUAUUAUUGUAGACCCAAGCUUCCAGGAUGAAGAACUCAAUGUCAACAACGGAGGAUCAGGAUAUCCGAAAAGAUCUGCUUGGUGGUGUCCAUUCACUUUAAACAUUUGGGUAAGAGUUGUGGCAAUACUUCUCUGCUUAGCGACGACUGUCGUUCUGGAGAUCUUACAAAGGAACUCAGACCACUCUCAUGGCUUUGCAGAGGUAACUUUGACUGGCAAUGGCCAUUUUUGGGUAACGGUCGUUCCCGCCCUCUGGAUGACAGGUAUAGCACUACUGUACUCAUCUAUACACUUCAACAUUGCUCUCCUUGCACCUUACCAUACUCUUACGAGCAAAUCAGGAGCGACAGCAAGACGCAGUAUCAUCACAGACUAUCUUGGUAGUACGCCACUCUUCAUACUCUUUCAAGCUAUACAGAAGCGACAUUUAGCGACAGCAAUAUCCGCUUUUGCCGCUAUUUUGGGUGCUUUUCUUACUAUCUUUGUGUCCGGCUUGUACACUACAGAGCCAUUUACUACCAACGUGGAUUUCGAGGUCCAACGAGGUGAUGAGUGGAACGUCUCAUGGCCUUUUGCAGAAGGUGAUAGCUCUGCAGGUCAAGCGCUUCAGUUUAUCACAUGGAGGAACCUUUCUGAGCCACAGUGGACUUACAACGACCUCGCCUUUCCUUCUAUAUAUCUUCCAAAUUAUGCUGAGAAUGCCACUCUCCAAGAGAAAAUCACCACUGCCCUGCCGGCGCGACGGGCUGUGCUCAACUGUACGGCGGUGGGACCAGCAGACAAUGUAGUCAGCGUCUCCUCUUAUGGUAGUGCGAUGAUAUACACCAAGGUCCUCAACACGUGCUCUGGAGGACCUGGAAAGGAGCUGCCUCUUCGCAUCUCCAAGUUAGAUAUACCUACGUCAUACGGUGGUUCUAUCUCCCAACUUCUGUUCGACCCUCGUGGCACAUCUGCGACAUCCCUCGACCCAAAUCCAGACCAUCCAUCAUACAACUCUGAUGACCAAGCCUGUCCUUCUCUGUCGUUCUUUUUUGGCUCCUUCCAAAACGUGCCCGUGCAGCCCGAGACCAACUAUACUUCUCCGCCUCUCAAUUUGUCCUCUACAGAAGCUAAAAUCACAACUCUAGCCUGUGCCCAAAUGAUUCAAGAAUUGGACACAAGAGUGACAUUCCUCCUUCCAGACCUAUCCAUUGAUACUUCAACCCCACCACUUCCUGACGAAUCUUCAAUGCGCUAUAUAGGCGGAGUGUACCAGUUUCCAGUUGUUGCUCCCCUACAGAGCACCUUUGACGUCCUAUCAUCGAACACCACGUUCAAGACAGAUACAUUUGAUCUGGGUACUUUCUUCGCUGCAGUUGUGUAUGGUAAAGAUGGGAUACCGGCUCCAGAGAUCGUUGGCGAGGAAAAUAUCCCACGUCUGAUCAGCGGAGUCAGCGACAUGUAUGGCAGGUAUAUGGCUCAAGUGAUGUCGCGUAAGAUGCGGACACUGAUCAACCCUAAUGGUCAGAAUCAAACGUCGAAAGCAUCGUUGACGACACAGAAGUUUCGCUUGGUCCAGCAUCCAGAGGCAAAGGUUGCGCUACAAGCACUGCUAGGAGUUAUGAUGCUUUGUGGUAUACUAUCUUGGGCGACGAUGAGAAGAGUGAAGAUAUUGCCACAUGAUCCAUGUUCUAUAGCCGGUACAGCUUGCUUCCUGGCUGGGCGCGAGUUCUGGGGUGAAGAUGCUACAGGAAGUAAGGAGCAUUGGCUUGAAGAUCAGGUAUUUCGUCUGGAGAUGCGUGGUGAUAGAUUUGGGAUUUAUGCUGGGAACGCUGAAAGUGGACGUCUUGUCUCUUGA